AUGAAUUUAAAUUAUUAUUCUACAAAAUAUAUAUAUUUUAUUUUAUUUCUUUUUAAUUAUAAUUUAUUUAUAAAAGGGUCAAUUUUUCUUGAUUGGGCAUCAAAUAUUCCUGAUGAUUUAAAUGUAUUACAUUAUCAAUUAGAUUAUACACCAAAUGUUGGAGAACCACCACCAAAAACUAUAUUUCCUAUACGUUUCACAAAUGCUAUAAUUAAUAAUACUAUACCUGCUCAUGAAUAUAAAAUUAAUCUUGUUGCUGUAUUAGCUGAUGGUGCACAUAUUCCAUUAAUUAAUAAAUAUAUACCAUCAAGUCCAUAUCCACCAUCAUACAAAAAUAUAUCAACAACAAAUACUGAAGCAGUAAUUGAAUAUCAACCACCUAAUGGGCAAACAGUAACAUAUUAUAUUGAAUAUUUUCCAUCAAAUAAUGAAGAAUUAUCUAAUUAUGUAGAAACUCAAGCAACAAUUGUUCGCCUAAAAAGUUUAAUUCCUAAAACAUUAUAUAUUAUACAUAUUUAUUCAGUAUAUAAAGGAAUGCCAUCUGAUACAUAUAAUGAAGAAAGAUUUUUAACAAAAGGAUACCAGACAAUAGAAAAAAAAGAACAAGCAAUACCAUUUAGUAUAAGAACAUUACCACCUUUAUUUCGACCAAUUAACACAUCUCCUAUAAUAAAUGGUAUAACACAAUCUCAAACAUUAAGUCCAACAUUUUUUAUUCAACAGGCUAAAGAAUUUUUUGCAACAUCUACAACAACCCAGACACCAGUAACAUUAAAAUCAUUUUCAUUUAACAAUCUUAAUUUUAAGAAACAAUUUUUUCAAUUAUUUAACUCCUCAUCACCCUACGAAGAGUCAACGACGCAAUCUACAACACCUAGUAGUAGUAGUAGUAGUACAUUAAAUUAUCCAGAUUUUACAAAACCUGAUUAUGUUAAACCAAUGACAAAUAAUUGGAAUUUUAAGAUACCAACAAAAAAUAAUGAUUCAAUAUCAAAAAUUUUUUUUACAACAAUUUCCUCAAUAAAUAGUGAUACAUCAACAAUAUCUAGUAUAACAAGAAUAAUACCAACAAAUCAUUUAACAUCAUCUUUACCAAUAAUAAUACCAAUAAAUAAUAAUAAAUUAGAAGAGAUAAAUACUGUUGAAAAAAUUAAAUCAAAUAAUAAAAAAUUGGUAAAAUUUAAUAAAGUAAAUAAUGAGAUGAGUAAUGAAAUAAUAUUAACAAAAGAGAUUUCACAAAAUAAUGAGAUAAAAGAUAAUAAAAAUGAUAAUGAAGAUAUGGAGGAAGAUAUUAUAUUUGAAGAUAAGAAUGAAUUUUUAUUAUCAUCAACAAGUACUAUUAUACCUAUAUUAACAAAUGAUAUUAAUACAUUUAAACCAAUUGAAACAUCUGAAAUAAAUUUAGAAAAAAUUGAUGAUAAUCUUAUAGUACGUUGGGAAUCACCAGAAUCAACAUUAUGUGAUAUAUAUAUUACAAAUUUAACAUAUCUAACAAAUUCUAGAGAAUCAUUUAUUGAAGAAACUGAUACAAAUGAGGUAAAAUUUAAAUUUCCUGAAGUUGAUAAAGUAUUAAUAACAGUUUAUUGUUCUUAUGAUGGUGUUAUUGUUGAUACAUGGAUGGGUCAUAGAGUUAGUGAUUUUACUAGACCUCUUCCAGUUGAACAUUUUAAAGUUACCUCAAUCUCAACAGAUGAAUUUUAUUUAUCUAGUGUUACAUUAUCAUGGAAUAAUAAUAUAAAAAAAGGUUAUGAUAAAUAUCAUGAUAUUUUAGUAACAUAUAGUUAUGGAAAAACAGGACAAAAUAAAAAAACAAUAACUGUUAAUGAUGGAAAUUCUAUUGUUAUUGAAAAAUUAAAUCCAGCAACAUUAUAUACUUUUACAAUAAAAAAUGUAUCAAGUGAAUUUAGUGGUUUAUCAAGUAAAGCUAGAGGUUUAAGACAAUUAACACCACCAGUUAUAACAUCAACAUUAUAUCCUGGACAGAUAUCAUCUACCUCAAUUAAUAUAAAUUUUGGUGAAUCAGAUAAUGAACAUCUUUAUGAUAGUUAUGAACUUGUAUUUAUUUCACCAACAAAAAAUAUUACUAAAUCACUUAAAAAAAAUGAUGAAAAAUCAUUUACAUUUAAUAAAUUAAUUCCAGGAAAAACAUAUACAUUUGUAUUAUAUACUAUUUAUAAAGGAGUUAAAAGUCGACCUGUUAUAAGUAAAGUAACAACUUAUCCUUUAAAAGUUUCAAAAUUAUAUCCUGUUUUGGGUAAUGGAUAUGCAUCUUUAUAUUGGGAUAGUGAAAAUAUUGCUGGUAAUACUAUAAAAUAUCGUUUAAGUUAUGUUACUGAAACAAAAAAUGGUGAUCCUAAAAGUGCUACAGUUUUAUUAAAAGAUGUUAAUAGGCAUCGUUUUGAAGAUUUAGAAUAUGAUCUUUAUUAUACAUUUACAAUAACUGUAAUAAUGGGUGAAGGUGAUGCUGAGGCUGAAUCUGAAUCAGAAACAAUAACGGUUAUUAUUAAACAAUAUACAAGUAAUUUACCAUCAUUAAAAAGGCAAGGAAUUCGUGAAUUAAAUGUAGCAUUUGAAAAUGAUAGAAGUUUUAAUACUGAUACAAAUGGUAAUGUUGAUAAUUAUGCUAUAAUUGUAACAGAAGUUAUAUCAGAACAAGAAGAUGAAUUUGAUUUAAAAACAUGGUUUGAUGUUAAAGUAGAAGAUAAAUGGACACCUUAUCGUGCCUCACAUUCAACAUACAAUCCAUUUAAAAAUGGUGUUAAAAAGGCUAAUUUUAUUAUUGGUGAAGAAGAAUGUGAUAAAAGAAGAUUAAGUGAACCAUAUUGUAAUGGUGUAUUAAAAUCAAAUGUUGAUUAUUAUGUUAAAAUAAGAGCAUAUACAGAAAGGAAUGUCGCAAUUGAAACAGAAUGGGUUUCAGUACAUGGAACUGUAGAUGAAGAUGCACCAAAAGAAGCAACUAGAAGAUUACCUUGUCAUAUGUAUUUAAAUGGAUGUCCAAGAAAUCAUUCUUCUGAAAGAUAUUCAGUAAAAGUCAAUAUAAUCAAUAUUAUUAUCAUAACAAUUAUCACGUUAAAAUAUUUUAUAUUCGUAAUUUAA